UGUAAUGGUGCAGCUCGAGCUGUGGUGUGUAGUACAUAACGGCAACCUCAUCACCUAUCCCCGGUCUCCUUGCCCUCUCCUUCACUGACGGAUGUAAUGAAAGAGGAGUCGUGACGUCACUGUGUCAAAGCUAUAAGAAGGGUCAGCAAUCAACGUUGGGCGCUGGGAACGGAGGCUACCUUUCAAUUUGGAGUAACCGGCUCCAUCCCGACGACCAUUAUGAAGGCCCUCAUCGUGUUCGUCCUUGCGGCCGUUGCACGUGCAGGCGCUGUGCAGUACUUUCCUGAAGUUGGUUUCUCCACCCAACAUCGGACGCAAGAUGUCUGGGGCAACUACAACUUCGGCUACGACGAGAAGCACUCCGGCGGUGGCUCCUGGCGCAAGGAGUCCAGCGACGCCUCCGGCAACACCGUCGGCUCGUACGGCCUGCACGACGCCGACGGUCGCGUGCGCAUCGUCAACUACGUGGCCAACGCGUACGGCUUCCGCGCGUCCGUGGCCACAAACGAGCCCGGCACCGCCGCUUCCAGCCCAGCCGGCGUAGGCAUCAACGCUCCGCAGGGACCCACCGGACCUCGCAUCGGCACCUCCGGAGACGCCGGAGUAGCGGACGUUGUCUUUGCAGCCGCCGCGCCCGUCGCCGCUCCCGUUUCAAACUCGGCUGUUGGGGUUUCCGCUCCCGUCUCUAAACUUUCACUCGCUGCAACCGCUCCCGCCGUGACGUACGCUGCCGCCGGUCCGGCUUUCGCCACUGCUCCUGCUGCCACUAACGCUGUUAAGUUCGUGGCAAACUCUCCGGCUGCUUUCGUGGCUGACGUCUACGGUCCGACCAUUCGCGAACUUAUUGGGUACGCUUACGGCAAGCGCAAGUAGGCAAAAGAAGACAGAAAGCAAAAAAAGAAAAGAAAAAGUCAGACGUAUUCUUUUCUAUAGGCAUGGUAUUUCUCCGACUUCGUCCCGCUUUUAAGCUAUUUAUGAUCAGACUACAGUAUCAGUCAGUUGACUGCACCACGCGUCGUGUUUCAUUCCCCCGAGUCCUACAAAUAGCUUUUCGCGCACCUGUUUGUUGCCCUGAUUAGCACCUGCGUUUAUUUUCACGUUUCUGUCAUAAGCGUGUGUCUCUGACCAAAUGACGUAUACUUGUAUGAUGUUUCCCUCUUUGAAGUGAA